GGUUUCGGUGUGAAGAAAUCGAAACUUUUUGCUUCCUUCCUUCAUUCGGUCAGCAUCCAUGGGAGCAUACGGCUGUCUACUAAGCGAGCUGCCAGUGUAACGUAAUUCGCACGUGUGCGUGAAGAAAGCAAGAAACCCGUCCCGUGCCAGGCAGCAGCUAAAGUCGUCGUUACGGGCGACAGCAGCGAAAAGAAAACAGCCAGAGAAGCAGCACAAAUCUAUCAAUCAGAGAAGGAGAAGUACAAAUUAACAAUAGCGAGACACACGGGCUUAAUUCGCUUGCUGCGCACUCACCAGCGGCAGUAGUGUGCGAGUGUGUGGCUUUUUUGCGAGUGUGCGCGGGCGUUGCGCGCGCUCUGUGUGUUCGGCGUGUGUGCCGGUGCGUUUGACUUAGUGCGAUUGUAGUGUGCCAAGUCCCGAGGCGGGCGGUUCCAGCAAGUCAACAGUGCUCUCACACAUGUGAGCGGAAGUGUCUGUGGCUGUGUGUGUGUGAGUGCGCGCGUACCCCAGUGCGUAUUUCCUGUGUCCUGCGUGCGUGCGUGUGCGUGGCAGUUGGUCGUUGGUCAGUAGUGGAGGGAGCACGGAAAUACUACGGUGCGGUGGCGGAGAGUGGCGUGGAGCGUGGAGCCAUGGAAACUAGCUACAACACGGCACCGAUCGGUGCUGGCAGCAGCGAGUUCGACAUCAACAUGUUCGACCAGUACGUGUACAAGACGUUUCACACACCGUCGUUCGGCGACGACGAGUUCGACAUACAGUCGAUGAACAGCCACCUGCAGCACCAGCAACCGCAGCAGCAGCAGCAGCAACAACACCAUCAGCAGCAGCAUCCCCAGCAGCAGCAGCAGCAGCAGCAGCAGUAUCAGAUGCACAGCAGCACCCAGCAGCAAUCCGGCCAUAUGGUGGGCCUGCUGCAGGACCAGCAGCAGUCCGGCUACGGCCAAUGGCACCAAGAUAUGAACCAUCACAGCCCGUACACGCUACAGUCGCCGAACCAGCCGACCUACCAUCAGCUGAACGCUAGUCCGAACAACAAUCCCACGCUGCACGUGAUGCAGCCGCCCCAGCAGUCCCCCUCGAUGGUACCACCCGCCCAGCAGCAGCAGCAGCAGCAACAGCUGUCCCCCCAGCAGCAGCAGCAGCUCGUCGGCGGAAAUGCGCUCAGCUUCAUUGGGCGCUCGCCGCCGCAGAACGGGGUCGGCCAGGGCACGGAGAACGGCACCACCAGCGACGACAGCGACGACACGAUUCCGGCAAACUCCCUGAAGCGCCCAUCGUCGGAACCGUCGUACGGGGAGGAGGCGCUCGUCGGGGCGGCCGGCAUGAAGGCGUCGGCUGCGGCCGCGGCCGCUGCCGCCGCCGCUGCCGCCGCCGCCAAGAAGCCCAAGGUCACGAAGAAGAAGAAAAAACGGGAUCCCAACGAGCCGCAGAAGCCCGUCUCUGCCUAUGCGCUGUUCUUCCGCGAUACGCAGGCAGCUAUCAAAGGCCAAAACCCGAACGCCUCGUUCGGGGAAGUUUCCAAAAUCGUCGCCUCGAUGUGGGACGUGCUAGCGACGGAGCAUAAAAAUGUAAGUAUACGCUUACAUAUGGUGCAAACAAAUGCAAAUGAAUGCAAAUUAUCAACCACGAUCAACUUAUCAAAUGAAAAAAAAAAUAAUCUUCCGAUCAACCCACACAUCAACACACACUCAUUGUGGUGUGUGGUCGCUGCUAUGAUGCAAAUGUCCCACUCGCAUCAGAAUCUACACCCCGGACAACAACAGCAGCAGCAGCAGCAGCAACAACAACACCAAACAGCCGCGUCACACCUUCACGGACCGAUGAUACCGAUGAAUGCGCAGCAGCAGCAGCAGAUGCUGGCCCAUCAACAGCAGCAACAGACGCACAUGAGCAUGGCUCACCAGCAGCAGCAGCAUCAGCAGCAUCAGCAACACCAGCAGCAGCAGCAGCAGCAACAACACCAGCAGCAGCAGCAACAUCCGGCGAUGAUGAACUUGCCGAUGGCCGGGCAGCCACACUACAUGAACCAGCAGAUGUCCCACCAGCAGAUGCAGCAGAUGCAGCAGCAGCAGCAGCAGCAGCAAUUUCAGCACCAGCACAUUAUGCAGGAGCAGCAGAUGCAUCAGCAACAGCUGCAGCAGCAGGAGCUGCACCAUCACCAGCAGCAGCAUCAUCUCCAACAUGAGCAACAGAUACAGCUGCAGCAGCAGCAGCAGCAGCAGCAGCACAACCACCACCAUCAGCAGCACUUGCAGCAGCUGGAUCCCCAGCUGCAGCAUCAGGCCCAGAUGCAGCAGAUGCAGGCUGGCGGCACAGUAGUCGGCACGAUGUCCUCCCAGUCCUCCGUGGUGGAGGACCUGAUGGGCACACCGCAGCAGCAGCAGCAGCAGCAGCACCAGCAACAGCUGCAGCAGCAACCGGCCGCGGCAAUGGUGCAGCAGCAGUCCUGCCCAACCAGCACCGCGGAACCGCCGGCCGCGAUACCGCAGACCUGCAUCCGGCAGGGCUGCAACAAUCUGGCGAUCGAGAACCCGGACUGGGAGGACGAGUACUGCAGCCAGGAGUGUGUCGUCGCUCACUGCCGUGCCGUCUUUGCCACCUUCCAGGAGGAUUGCCUCAAAGGAAAUGCUCCGCCACAGCCGCCGCAGCAGCAGUCCUAUCCCGCGGUGAAGUAGAAUGACCCCCCUCGAACAUUGCCAGACAAGAGAGGACAGUUCGGGUGCCCGGCCGCGGCGCCCCAGUGCUGCCCAGGUGGGGUGCUCUGUACGCCGCCAAACGGUCACGUUUUGUUGUUGAUGGCACCUCUACCAUUAAUUGUUUAUUGCGCUAGGAUGGGGGAAAACACACACAUAGGUGGGAAACGUUAGUAGCUAGUUGUAAGAAGAAGAAGAAGAAGACAACAUCUAACUAACGUCAGAUGCAUUAAACGAUAGGAACAGAGAUAGAGAGAGACGAAGCGCGCUUGUGUGGUGUGUGAAUGAGAUAUGGAAAAUGAGCACUCGUUUUCUACAGUCGAAAAAAAACCCUUAUACCGACACACACACACACACACACCUGUAGGAUACAUUUGCAUUACUAUAAGCCUCGUAAUCGAUAGCCAAACCACAAACAAUAUAGAAACAAGCCAUGAAGGGAAAGGAAAAGUGCCCCUUGGCUUGGCAUAGUAUGUCGUAAGUUUCACAAAACCCACACACACACACACACACACACACACACACACACACACACACACCACACACACACACACACACACACACACACACACACACACACACACACACACACACCAACCUAUAUAGACCGGCCGAAGAGGAUGAGCUGCUUUUCUGUUUUUGCUAUAGUGAAGCAAAAGCUUCACCGUUACGUGUAAGUUGCGCAGAUGCAUCCGUUUUUGAAGGAUGGUGACAGAUAAACAUGAUACAAUUAUUUUGUGCACAUUGUUGUGCACAUUUUUUGGACAGAGAGAGUUUUUUUCCAAUGAGAGAGAAUAGCUCUAGGCAGCGGAAAGGAAAAGAGCGAACAAAAAACAAUCCGACUCGGCCCCGCCGGAUUGGUUCACUUUUAAACGCAACGGUCACUUAUGGCCCAUAUUAGACUAGGUAGGUGGAAUUGGAAUUCUUCUGUCAAACUCAAUUGCACAGAGCGAAAUUUGACAUGCAAAUUCUACUCGCUAGUGUCAUAACGCGCAGCGAGUCGGAAUUAGUUUUUGUGGUAAUUAUUCUACUUCAACGAUACAAUCAGUGAUAACACGUUGAAAGCUGCUCUGUGUUUGUUUUGCCUUUCAUCUCAACUAAAAAUAAUCUUUUUUUACCUUGGAUUGAGCACUCCAACAACUAAAUUCCCCUCGGUACGGAUUUCACUUUUCCUACCGUGGUAAAAACCGUCAAACGCGCUUUGACGGACGAAUUCCUUGCCAUCUACCCAGUCUAAUAGGGCGAUUAAGAGUAAUCGCAGGUUUAAGUCAUGUUUUGAGGUAAUUGCGUUGUGUUGUCUGACCGUCCUCUCAAUGAAUGUGUGAACUGCAACAAAACAACCAUACAGAGGGGGGAGAGAGCAUAGCAAAGACGCGAAGCCAACAAGCCAAACCCGUACGCAAACCCAACGAACUGUGAGUUAUACGUGUGUUUGUGUGUGUGUGUGUGUGGAUGUGUGUUAUACAUGUAUAAGAAUGAUGUGAUGUGUUCCGUCAAACGUGCUGUUCAUACCUGUCACUAACUGCAACACAGCUCAAUUCAAACGGCCAAUAUAGCUAAUUACAUAUAUAGUAAUUGCAGCAAAGAAAAGGAGGCAAACUUCCCGCCUUACCUACCCACUCCCCCCUUCCCUCCCCAUCUCGAUGCGGAAUUGUAAACCGACAAGUAAAUAAAGGAAAAAAGGCACACUUUUCA